AUGGCAGCUACGCUUCGAGGUCUGCUCCGCCUGCCGCCAAUCUUGCGGAGUCAGGUCGUCUUGCGCGAGCCACUCGUGCAAUGCCGCCUCCAAGCAACUCUUCGACACUCUCCGAGCAGCAUUUCAACCCGAGCGUUCGGCAACACAUCUGCACGUCUGGCCAGACAAGAAAACUCUCCACCUCUACCGCGCGUCGUCAAGCCCGGUCUAGCGAAGGCGCCCUUAGCAACACCCAGAUUUCAUGAGCGAGUCAUCGACACUAUCGCACCAGCUCUGGAUCGAGUUCUACUAUACGUAUCUCCAAACCAUGGAGCAUUCUUCUUCGCCUCCUAUAUGGUCGGAAUUGGAUUCAUGGUAGGCUCAUUCAUGUACGCUCGACUUCUCAAAGAUGAGCCAGACCGGCCGAAGCAGCAUUGGGUCACGAAGUAUGCAGUCGGAGCGACGGCCUUCUUCAUGGUAAUUUUCGGCACCGCCAUCGUCCUCGCUCCGAGCAAGAUGAUCAAGUCCAUAUCGAUCAUCACGGUCCCAAGCACAGCAGGAGCUGCCCCCACUCGAAAACUGCAAUUCGAAAUCAAAAGACAACUUCCAUUCCUGAAACCCGACCUGCUCGAGACAGACCCGAGCAACGUGGAAUUCGAUCGCAGUGUUACCUCGCUGGGCUCGAAACUGAACAUUCUGUCCGUCUCCAGAUCAGAAGCCAGGGCCUUCACGGACAGCUAUUUCUCUGGCACGCUGCGAACGAUGCAACAACCCCAACGAGGACUUUUGUCGAGGCUCAACGGGGCGUUAGUGAACACUUGGCCUGCGAUGAAACGCGAAACGAGGCGUAUGUGUCUGCGGGACCAGAUGGCCUAUAUUCGCAUUCAUCCCAAUGGCAACUUCAAGAUCGACUUACAGAACUGCACGAUGCUUGAUGGAGGACGUCCUCUGACACGACUUACUGAAGUUGACGAUGUCAGGCCAAGCCUCCGGAGCUUUGUAAAGGGCAUUUUCAGAGGCUAA